UUCGUUAACGUCUCAAAUUUUUUAGCGGUUAGGAAUUUAAUUAUGUGAUAAUAUUUCGGAAAAAUAAUUUUCGUGUGUUUUUAUAGUAAAAAUGUCCGAUAGUAUAAAAGUGGCGAUUAAAGUUCGGCCGUUAAUCAAAAGGGAAAAGGACGAAAACCUUCAAGUACAAUGGACUGUGGUUGAUAAUGUUAUUGUUCCUGCAGAUCCUGAAAAAAAACGCGGUGAAAGCGGAUUUCAAUUUGAUCACAUAUUUGAUUCUGAGAAAACUAAUAAUCAUGUUUUUGAUAUUGUUGUUAAGCCUAUUGUCAUUGCUGCAGUUAGAGGCUUUAAUGGCACUGUAUUUGCAUAUGGCCAAACAAGUUCUGGCAAAACUCACACUAUGUUAGGAACACCAAACGAACCAGGAAUUAUUCCAAUGGCAGUUGAUUAUAUGUUUGACGCUAUUGCUGAAACACGUGGUCGAGAAUUUCUUUUAAGGGUUUCUUAUCUUGAGAUAUAUAAUGAAAAAGUAAAUGACUUGUUAGAUACCACUGCUGUUGAUUUGAAACUUCGCGAAGACAAUAAUGGUUUGGUACAAGUUAUGAAGUGCAAGGAAGAAAUUGCGAAUAGUCCCGAUUUAAUUAUGGCCAUAAUGAAGAAAGGGGACAAAAAUCGUAGAAUCGGUGAAACUGAUAUGAAUGACAGGAGUAGUAGAAGUCAUACAAUUUUCAGAAUAACUAUUGAGAGUCGUGAUCAAGUAAGCGAUUCUGACGGAGCUGUUCAAGUUGCUCAGUUGAAUUUAGUAGAUCUUGCAGGUUCUGAACGAGCAAGACAAACCAAUGCAACUGGUGAAAGAUUUAAAGAAGGUACUCAUAUAAAUAUGUCAUUGUCAACUCUUGCACUUGUUAUUAAACAGCUCAGUGAAUCUUCGGAUACCAAUAAAUACAUUAAUUUUCGUGAUAGCAAGUUAACGAGGUUAUUACAAGCAUCCUUAGGUGGCAAUGCAAUGACUGUUAUUAUUUGUGCUAUCACACCUGUUGCUUAUGAAGAAACUCAAUGUACUUUGUGGUUUGCAUCAAGAGCAAAAAGUGUAAAAAAUAAACCGCAAUUAAAUGAAGUUAUGUCAGAUGCUGCUUUAUUAAAACGUUAUAAAAAACAAAUUGCUAAAUUGCAUGAAGAGCUUGAAAAAGCCAAAUAUGAAAAUAGAAUAGCAGAUGUGCAAGAAAUGGAAUCUAAAUUACAAGAAAAAGAGAAUAAAUUACAAGAAACUGGCAGAUUAAAUCAGUUGUUGGAGGAGCGGAUUCAACUAUUAGAAAACAGUAUUAUUUCUACAGAUAAUGCUGUAAGAAAUGAUAAUAGCUCAAAAAUUCCCAGAUCUAAAAGAAGACGAACAUGGGCUGGUGAUCAAACAAUGUGCCCUCGAUUUAGUUUAUACUCAAAAGAUUUACCAACAAUUAAGGAAAAUUGUUGUAUCAGUCCAGAAGCAAAACCAAAUAAAAUAGAGAGACGUAGCGGUAUUAGAAAUAGAAAAAGUAUUAUUCAAACAGUUGAUUUAAAUGAUGAAUCAUUUGAGACAGCUUUUGCAGAUUUUGAAUUAGAUAUGAUAAAAGUUGUUAAAGAGCGUGAAGAACAAACGAAUAAUACUCUAGACUUUAUAGAGGAAAACAAAUUUCUAAAAGGAAAAUCUAAAACUCAAAAUCAAGUAAAAUUUCAGGAUAACAUUGAAAUUUGUCAUUAUAGUAAUGGGAGUGUUUUGAGCGAUUUAUUAUCACCUGAAAAAGAAAAAUUAAUCACUUCAAUUCAAGAUACCACAGUGAAAGAAUUAUCCCCAGGCACUCCAAAAUCUGUAUUACGAGCAAGGCUUAAUUAUAUUACCGAAGAGUAUAAGAGUCUACAAGAAUUCACUAGUUUUGAAAGGCAGAUGUUGUAUGCUGAACAAAUAGAUUUUAAUUCACAUAAUGAAAAAAUAUUUAUGCAAAAACAAAUUGAUGAAUUAUUGGAAAGACUUAGAAAAUAUAAUUUGGAUCAGUUACGUAUUCAGAAUGAGAAAUUAGUUUUGGAAAAUACUAAAAUAAAAAGUGAAAUUAUUGCUGAAACUAAUAAGUUAAAAAAUUCCAAUAUUCUGAUUAAAACUUUAACCGUUGAUACAGAUCACCUCAUGGGAAAAUUACUAGAAAAAAAUAACGAACUGCUUAAAUUAAAAGAGAGAAUAGUUGAGUUAGAAAGGACAGAUAGAGAUUCUAAUAAAUCUAUUGUAAAUAAUUAUGAAACAUCAACAAAAAAAGAAUGUUAUGAUGAUGGGUCAAUACAACAGUUGCCUUCUGAUGUCAGUCAAGAGAAGGAAAAUGAAAUAUUAAGAUUGAACGAAGUGAUUCAGGCAAAAACGUUAGAAAUUACAAAAUAUAAAGAAAAUGAAGAAGAAAUGAAAAUGGAAAAUGAGUCUUUAAGAAAAACCUUAGAUGCUAAUUUAAAAAUUGUACAAAUAUCUAAAGAAUGUCAAAUGGACAUAAUUCCUGAGAAUAAAGAUGAAAAUAAUGAUUAUGAAAUGAAUGCUGAGAUAGAUCAUGAUGUCUCUAAGGCAUCAAAACUUACUCAAGAACCAGACAUGAAUAUUGUGAAAUACAAAGAGCUUCAAAAAGAAAUGGAAAAGAAAAUUAAAGAAUUGCAUAGUCUAGAUACUGUUAAAGUUGAAAAUAAGUCACAAGAAUCUCAAACAGAAGAUUUUCUUUACUGUGAAAAUAAAAAUACUUUAUUAGUUGAUCAAAUGAAGAAUACAGAAAUUUCUAGAUUAGAAAAAAUAAUUCAAGAAAAAUCAUUUGAAAUGAAAAAAUACAUGCAAUUUGAGGAAGAAGCUAAAGAAGAAUUUUAUUUAAAUAAUACAAAUGAAAUUAAAAAAAUAUCUGAUGACUUUCAAACGCAAGAUAUUUUAAAAAAUGAAUUUAGUAAAAUUCAAGAAGAUUUUCAAGAAAUAAAUCAGAAAACCGAACAAUUCCAGGAACAUUUAGAAAAUAUUAGUAAAAUUAAAGAAACAGUUGAAGAGUAUAAAGUAAAACAUUUGGUUGAUAAAAAUCAUGUAAAUUCCUCAUGUGAAGAUCAAAUCAAUGGCGUAGGCUAUCAACAAAUUAUAGAAAAUAAUAAUAUUGAAAUAAAAAAAUAUAAACAAAUGAAUGAAGAAAUGGGAAUGAAAAUUAAAAAUUUGCAGGAAACUUUAGAUAAAAUAAUAGCAAUUAAACAUAGAAGUAUAGAUUGUCAAACAGAAAUUGUAUCGGUACAUAAAGAAAUUGAUUCCAAUAAAGAGUUUGAUAAGGAUAUUACUAAUUUAACAGAAAUUAUUCAAAUCAAAGAAAAUGAGAUAGCCCAGUUUAAGCUCAGUGAAGAAGAAAGAAUAAAAGAGAUUAAACAUUUGCAGGAAUACUUAGAUACUUUAACAAAUAUCCACAGAGAAUCCAAAGAAUGUCAAGCAGAAUGCAUUUCUAGUGUCGAUGAAGAAAAAAGUAAUGAAAUACACAGGCUUUCGAAAAUUAUUGAAGAAAACUCUCUUGAAAUUACUACACAUAAGCAAUUAGAAGACAAAUUGACAAAAGAGAUUGAACAUCUAAAGGAAUGUGCAAAUCGUUUAACAACAUUGGAAUAUGUAUCUAAAGAAGUUCAAACAGAAGCAGUUAAUCAUGAUCAUGAAAAAAUAAAAUCUUAUCAAGAAGAAAUUGUAACAUUAAUUAAUACCAACGAGGAAUUCGAAGCAAGAAUUAUAUCACUUAAUAAUCAGUUGUCUGUAAAAAUUAAAGAUUUUGAAGAAUUGAGAUCUCUAAUCGAUGUUCUCAAGAAUGAAAUUAUUAAAAAAACAAAUGAAAUGUCAAAGUUACAGCAAGAUGUUGAAAUUCGAGUACAAAAGUUUGAAGAGAAAAUUGAUAUUGUAACAUUAGAAAAAAAUAAAUUAAAAGCAAAAAUUAAUCAUAUAUACUCUGCCAAUUUAAUCAAAGAUUUUAAAGAUGAGGAUUUAAAAAUCAUUCUCGACGAAUCAGAGCUAGAAAAUGAAAAAUUAAGAAAACAAGUACUUAAGACACAAUCUAUCGAGGAACUUAAUUUAUCAAUGACAAGUACCAAUUCACUAAGAAGUCCAUUAAAAUCAAAUACAACAUUGGCAAAUAAUGUGAAUAGUAUCAUAAGUCCUACAAAAUUAAAUGCAACAGUAUCAGUGAGUAAUGUAAGCGAUUCUGUAAAAGAUCGAAUCAGCCAAUUUAAUGAAAAUAACCAAUCUGUGGUUACAUUAGAUGAAAAUAAGACUACAUCGAUGGAUUCAAAUAUUUUCUUGAAACCUACUAAUUUCUCAAUAUUAGAACAAAAAGAUUUAUCUAGUAAAUUAAAUGUAUCGGUUAAUGACAAUAGCCUUGUAAAAUCGUCAAACAAAAAGUUUGAAUUAGAAUCAAGCAGUAUUUUUGCCAAUAUAACUUAUUUCGAUGAAAUGGAAUGCAGUCAAUCUUUCAUUCAAGAUAAUACUUCUUUACUUACAACGAACGAUGAGAGUAAAAAUAUUUCAAUUUUAUCAACAAAUAUUAAUAUUCAAUUGGCCAACGAUGUAACUAAAACUGAUGAUGUCAACGAUAUAUCGGAAUUAUUUGAAAAUAAUGAUGUAAGUGUAUUUAAAGAUACUAAAACAGUGUCUCCAAUUAAAAUAAAAAAUGAACCACAUACUAUCGAAGAGCUCAAAAAGAUUAGAGUUAAUCUUGAAAAAGAAAAUGCAAAUUUAUGCAAUGAUCUUCAAAAGAAGAUUCACGAAACUGAAGAAGUUGAAAGAGCUAUUAGUGACGUUAAUAAAAACCUUAUUAAACUUCAACAAACCGUUUUUAUACUAACCAAUGAAAACAUGGAAAUGUCAAAGCAGUUAUCGGAUACACGAGAACAAAAUGAUGAGAUUGUUAGAAAUUUGCAAAUGAAUAUCGCUAAUUUAACAAAUCGUUUACUUACGAUUUCAGAAGAAAAAGAUUCUUUAAAAGAUCAAUUGGCUAUUUUACAUGACCAGCUUGAAAACAUGAGCUCUAUUACACCAGUUAUAACGGAUGAGGAAUUAAAAUACAAAGUUUCAGAAUAUCAAGAAAAAAUAAAAAGCUUGACUAAAGAAAAUAUCGACUUGUCUACAAAUUUAAUGGAUAAGAUCGAAGAACUUGAAAAAGUGAAGGAAAGUCAAAUACAACUUAAUGAUCAUCAGUGUUCGUUUAAAGAAACAUCUGAAAUGUUAGCUCAAAAAAUAGAAUAUUUCGAAAAGAAAAAUAUUGAAAUAUCAGACGAGUUAAUUGAAUCUAACGAAGACUGUGAUAUAUUGAAAGAGACUGUUGAUAUUUUAAAACAAGAAUUAAGGACUUGCACAGAUCAAGAAAAUCCUGAAAAUUAUUGUAGAGACAAUGCAGAAUUUAUUAAAAAAGAAAAUAAAGCAUUAAAAUGUAAAUUGAUUGAACUGGAGGGAAUUAUGUCUCUAUUAAGUAAAGAAAAUAAUAAUUUACUGGUUAAUAUGCUGGGUGAUUCUGAUAAGCAAAAUGGGCCUGAAAUUAUCUGUGAAAACGAUGCUAAUGUAUCAAAAAUGAAAUUCGAAGAAUCGAUGCGUGAGCAUAUUUCAAACGAAAUAAAUAAUUAUUCGUUAAUGCAUGAAAAAAUAAGGCAAUUACAAAAAGAAAAUGAGCUCUUAAUAGUUAAAAAUAAAAAGUUAGAAGAUUUAACGUUAAAAAAUUGUAGCCAAUGUGCUCACUUCAAAGAAUUAAACGAAUGCCGAAGAAAUCUAAAACUAGAAAACCAGUCGUUGAAUUUGAAAAUCGACGAUCUUAAAAGGAAAUUCCAAUUACAAUGUACCGAUGCGGAAAGUUUAAGAGCAAAAGCCAACGAAGACUUUAACAUAAGUUUGAAUUUAAUGGAUUCAACGCUUAAUGGUAGCAUUUACGAUGGAAUGAAUUUAACGUUAAUGGAGGAAAAGGUUCGAAAUUUACAAAAUGAGUUAGAAGAAUCGAAGGAAAAUGAUAAUGCAUUAUCAAAUCAAUUUAAUGAAAAAUAUAAUGAACAAGAGAAAUUACAAUUAAGUACAAAUUCCUUUGCCAGCCCGAUUCAAGAAAAAGACAGAAAGCGUUUAGAUUCUAAUAUGUCAAGUAGAAAUUUAAGAAUGCAAAUAUUCAAAGAAAAUCUUGAUAGACUGUCUAAUGAUAUAAAAGAAAUAAAACGAUCGAGCAAUAAUCAUAUGAAUAUGUUAAAUAAAUUAAAAAAUGUACAAAAUGACACUGUAUCAGAAAUUGAAUCGCUUAAACUAUCGAAUGAAGAGUUAAAAAAAGAACGCGAUACUGCUAAAGCAAAUGCAUUGAAUUAUGAAGAAAAGAUUAAUCUUCUCGAGGAAGAAUUAGCAACAUUAUAUAAACAAAUUGAAGCAGCUCGUAUCACAGAGAAAAGCAUUGAAGCGCAAAAACUAGAAAUUGAAGUUAAGCUUGAGAGUUUAUUAAAGGAAAAGGAGGAACUGGUGAAUUCUUUGCAGAUUACGGAAAUAAAAUUCAGAAAAGAAUUAGAUGAUUGCAAUUCUCUUGUACAUAAAUAUGACAAAGAAAAUGUAAAUCUUAUAAAUAAAUUAGAAAGCUUUGAAGGAAUUGUAGAACAAUCGAACAAAAAAAAUUCAAGUUUGGAAGAAAAACUGCAAGAAGAAAUUAAGUCAGCUAAAUCCCAAAUGAUAAAUGAAAUUAAACAUUUAACAAGUCUUUCUGAAAAGGAAUUAAAAAAGUUACUCAACAUGUCAAUUAAUGAUAUUUUCUUACGCUUUGUCAAUGACAUUGUUUCAAAGGAAAAUGAAGUGGUAAAGAAGCUACACGAAAACUUUGAAAAAACUAAAUUAAAAUUGGAGGAAGAGAAACAGCAGAGCUUCGAUUCAGAAAAACGAACUAAAACUUGGGCCCAGGCUCUAGAAUCUGAUCUUGAAAGGAUUCAAGUAGAGUUUGCAGAACAAGAAAACAAGAAAAAGCGUCUGCAAGAUGAAUCGAAGAUGCUGAAAGAAAGCUUGAAAGAAGCGCAACAUGAAAAUCAACAAUUGCAACUUAAUAUAACUAAUUUGGAGAAGGAAUUUAAUUCCUUACACAAUGAAUUGGAAAAGAAAUCGAAACUUAACGAUGCUCGUGAUUCCGUCAUCAAUGCUGUUCAAGAGAAACAAAGGAUAGCAAAAACUAAGGAAGAAGAAUGGGAGGCUCGAUUACAACACGAAAAAGAAGAAUAUGAGCGCCAAUUGAAAGAGCUUAAUUCACAGUUAGGAUCAUAUAAGUCAACCAAUGAUGAUUUAAAAAGCACGAUCGAAGGCUUAGAUAUUCAGAUCGAGCAUUUAAAGAAUACCAUAGAUAUUAAAACAAAUGAAUUUAUGGGUUCUAAACAUAAAAUUCAAACAAUGAUACAAGAAAUAGAGCACUUUGAAGAGAUAAAUCAACAACUGAAAAACGAAAAUUCAGAAAAGAAUAAGCAUAUCGAGGAGAUUACGGAUCUUUUAAAAAUAAAGUGUGAUUUACUUACUGAAUUCAAAACCAAAGUUGAAACUAUGAAACCAGAAUAUGAAAGCUUGCAAUCUCAAAUUGUAGAUCGUAAGAUAUCUAUAGAAAAAUGUAAAGAGGAGAUUCAUAAUUUGAAACUGGAAAACAAAAAACAAAUAGAUAUAUUGCAAGACAAGCUUUCAUCCGAGGAAAUAAAAUCAAAAGGUCUGAAUAAGCAACUUCAUGAAUUAAAGAAUAAAAAUACAACUUUGUAUAGUACAUUAGAGGAGUGCAAGGAUCGAUGUUUGGAACUUGAAAGGGAGAAUGAAACUCUUAACCGAAAGGUCAGAAAUAGUACAAGCAAAAUACGAGUUAAAAAUGAAAUUCAAGAUUUGCAAGAUGAAAUUCGUUUACUCAAAAAUCAUUUGGAAGGAUCUUAUAAUCGCAUUAAAGAGUUGCAGGAAACGAAAUCUCAAGUACAGUGGGAAUUAACGGAAGUGCAAGGGAAGAAUGAACUUCUUGAGCAAGAACUUAAUACGACUAAAAUGUCUUUAGAAUCCCUAAGAGAUAAGUAUAAUAACGUAAAUUUGCAAAAACUUCGUGAAAAGUAUGAAGCGCUUCUUCGCGAAAAAAAUAAUGUAAUACUUGAAAUUGAAGAUAAGAAGAUGUUAAUUGCUAAUAAGAAUCAAAAAUUGGUAGAGUGUAGUAUAGAAGUUGAUACAUUGCAAAAACAGAAAGAGUCAUUGAAUACAAAAUUGGAAAAUAUUAAAGGAGAAAAGUCUGUAUUAGAGAGUCGAAUUUUGGAUCUUGUAAAUGAUAACGAAGAACUGAAAGAAAAGAUAAUAGUAUGUAAUAUUCAGAAGGAUGAAAUAUAUAAAACUAGCAUGGAAGAAAAAAAUCAAAUUUCUAUUGAAUUUGAAAUUUAUCGCAAUCAAAUGUUAGAUGUUGUAAAGAAAAAUAAUGAGCUUAAUGAUGAAAUGGAUGAAUUAGUUGGUCACAUUCACAAACAAGAAAAUGAAAUAGCCGAAUUACAGGAUCGAUUAAUUACAGGAUCAUCUAAUGAAAGAUUUAUAGAAAAAUUAAGAGCUUUAGAAGAAGAUAACGAAAAACUUAAAAUUGAUUUACGAGUUACAGAAUUGAAUCAUAAUAAAUUGCAAAACGAGGUUGUCCGAAUAAAUUCAGAGAAACAGUCGCUUGUUAAUAAAAUCGAAGUUCAAAAUAAUAAAAUCACGGAACUUAAAUGCAAAGUUAACUCCUGUACCAGUCAAACAUCGCAAAUGGAAAGAAGACGUUCCAGACGUUCUGACAGACUUAAUCAAAAUAGAAAUCUCGAUGUCGAUUGUGAUAGUAAGGAAAUGACCGACUCUGAAUCACCAAUUACUACUCCAACUCAAACUAAUAGCCCUAUUCAUGAAGAAUGCCAAUCUUGCUGCGAACUUAGAAAUCGUAUUCGUGAGAUGUCAGUCGAUCUCGUAUCUAGGAAUACUAAAAUUACAAUGCUCGAAGUUCAGCUUCGGGAAGAAAAUUUUCCCUAUCAAACAAAGUGUAAUGAACUGCAGGAGAAAUUAAUAGCUGUUAAAACGAGGAAUUCAGAAUUGAAAUUGGAAGUAAAGAAAUUACAACAAGCAUUAGUGGAAGACGAUUAUCGUGAAUGUCAGAUUUGUAGACAAAAAAAAACUAACAAAAGAGACCAAUCCGUUCAAGUUAAUGCAGAAAAUAAAAUUUGUAUGACUGGGAUGAGCAGCGGCAUUGUUGAAGAUCAUUUAAGGCUAGAAAAAAUGGAAAAAGAAAGAAAUUUAAUGAAAGACUUGUGUAGAAAUCGUGCCAGAAAAAUUAAAGAACUCGAGCAAUAUAUAAAAGAACUUGAAGGUUUGAGGAAUUGCUAAUUAUUCAAAAGUAUAUUUUUUAAGACAAGAUUUUGCAAGUCGCUUUAAUAUA